AGACUGCGCAUCAGACCACGGCUUCAUAUGUUCGAUGGAUAGGCCAGCUUCAAGCUUGACUCGUUUGUUGGCUAUUCCCUGAGUUCAUUGUAGCUCUUACAUCAAAGGAACUCUCUACGCGUCUUUAUCCAACGAGACUUCACUUUGUCUCUCAAGUUCUGGUCGAUGACAACGUGCCUUUUUGCAGUCAACGUGACUCUUUUCUCUUGAGCAAUAUAUCAUAUCGACACAUGUCAUGACGACAGUAGCGCAAGGACAGUUUUCUACGAUGGAACCUCCGCCCGGCGACGAUAGUAUGGAGAUGGCGUCGCCAUAUCAAGGGCACAUGGAUGACUUCGAGAUCGAUCUGGACGUGAUGGAAGAUCAGGUUUCAGAGGUCGAUCAGGACCUUGACGUGGCAGACGCUACUCCAGAACCUACAAAUGGCCCAGGUUCAGUUAACGAUGCUGAUAUGGUGGACGAGAUCGAUGAACGGCCCAUGAUCGACGCGGAUGAAAAUAACCAGGGGACGGUUGGCCCGAACGAAAAUGGCUACUACCACAUCGAGGAGACAUAUGAAGCGCAGAUGGAAGAGUACGACGAAGAUAUCGACGCACCUGUUCCUGAACAACCUGAUAUUGUCAUUACCGACACCCAGCCGGAUCAGCAGGAUCUCCAGGAGACGUCUGAGUUUCCGGAACAACAGGAGACCACUGAGCAGAAUAAAGAGAACGAAGAUGAAGCACAUCGUGAUACUACGGAGCAUCUGACAGAACAAAAAAUCGAGCAUCACGACCUGCAGGAACAGCCCAAGGAAGCCAAAGGUCACGGCACAGAAGAAGCUACUGAGGAGCUUGACAAUGUCAAGGAUCAUGGCGAGCAGCAGCAUCAUCAACCGGAAGAUGACACUAACAACUCAACUCGUUUAGAGUCACAUGAACCAAAUGUCAACGGUGUGGAUAAAGAACAACAAGCACAAGAUAGUGAACCUGAAAUCGCACAGAUCCAUGAGACACCCCCAUCUCCAAAACAAGAUGGUGCUGCUCGAAUGGAAGAGAAGAGUGCCCAUGAGACGGUGGAUGAGAGGACUGAAGAGUCCCUUCAGGUUUCUCACCUCCAUCCUGUGAAGGUCCUGUAUCAGGACAGUGAGAUAUCUUUGUUUCGUCCACGGGAAGGUGACUCCUCAGAGACCUUUUUCCUUGAGGACGAGAGCCUUGCCUAUGGAGAUCUUGGUAAACUUCUCUCUUCAUGUCGAGAGGUCCUAGGUGAACAUAUCAGCGAGGGUGAAGUGUUAGUUGUAGAUAUCGACUCGCUCAAUUUGCAGUUGAAUGAGGACUCGUAUCACACGUCCAAGGUGACGCUGUCUCAGAUAGUUGGGUUGUACUUAGAUCUCUGCCGCAACGACGGCAUGAAUGAACCCGAACCUCUUUACCUUACCCUCAGCACGAAACUCACACUCCCCGCCGAAAUUUCUAACCUUCUUGCAGCUGCAGGUGAGGGGAAGGGUUUAUCCCAUAUUUAUCAAUGGGAAGAAUAUGAGGAUGAGCAACAGAUUGAGGACAAGGACAGCCCCGUGGAUGGAGAAGAGGAAGAAGAACAAGAAGAAGAGCAGGGCAGGCCGGAGUCUUCUGAACAGGUUGCCCCAGCUGAGGCACCUGAGCCCCGGCAGACGGAGGAAGAGCACGUAGAUCGACAAGUGGCCCCAGAAGAGAUCGAUGCGCAGGAAGCCACCGCAUCGAACGACCGUGAAGAUACUAAUGCCGAUAAGAGUGAAUCGAAGCCGGCGGACGCUACUGACGAGUUUUCUUACGAGAGAAAUGAUGAGGUCGCUCCUGCUGUCACCGACGGCCACCAUGAACAGCAGCAAGAUGAAGAGGGCGAGCUCGAUGGCGAACCCAACGCAGAAGUGGAGCCUGGUGAGGCAGGUCCAGGAGAUGACCAGUAUGAUUAUGAAGAGGAAGCAUCUGAAUCGACAGCCACGCUUGCACAGGUCUCUGCAGAUGAGCUCAAAGCGGACAAGGCGGCCGAAGAAUCAGCAGCCCAGGGUGAUGGAGACGCUGCUGACGCCGGUGAAGAGGCAACGGAUAGUGUAGACCACAACGUUGCCGGUGAGGAAGUCCAAGAUGAAGACGAGGACUUCGACGAAGGUGUCUACGAACAUGACGAACCUCAACCGGGUCAGUAUGCAUCUCUUGACGUUUCUCAAGACGGUCAAGAAGAACAGCCUACGGCCGAUCCGAAUGAGUUGAGUGAACCUGAGAAGGCAGACGCCAUUCCGGAGCCGCCUCUGGAAGUCACUGAGGGCGAUUACGGCGAGUCUCAUGAGCAGGCUGAAGUCCACCCCGAAUCAUCCGAUGAUACCCAACAUCAAGGUGAAGAGCCUGGGACCAAUGAAGAUCUUCUCGGUAUAGACGAAGACAUCUUCAAAAGCCCAGCGAAGAAAGCGAAUGUGGCCCACGCCCCUGUCAGCCAUGAGGAAUUUGAGCACGACACUCAUGCUAGUGUCUCUGGUACCGGUCAAGAAACGUUGGUUCAUGACACGGGAGAUGAGUAUGAGGAGUUGCCUUUUGACGAGGAGGAUGAUUAUAUCGACCUAGGCACGGCCUCCGCCCUUGACGGCGAGACCGAGAAUGGGAAGCCGGAUUCGCGUGAAAGUGGGCAUUCUGGGAAACGGUCCCGUAGUCCUGAAGACGAGGUCGAUGUCGCCCAGUCACCGAGUCCUGAUGCUAAGCGUCGCCGUUCUUCGUGACAUAGGUCCCUUUCCCUUUCCCUUGUAUCCGCCUUUUAUUGUACAGAUAAUUCGACAUGGCAUACUGAUGACAGUGUCCAUGCGGAUUUCGACUUACCCGUCUGACCGUCCUGGCCGGAUCGCAUCGUCUCGGUGCAGGAAGCUUUACUAACGUUUAAUAUCGC